CCCUGUGUCCUAACCCCAUUUCCCUGCGCCCCGACAUCGUGUGGGCGUUGGGGCCCUCCACCUCCACCGUGUGACACCAGUGCCCUUUGCUUGUCCCAAAGGAGACAGACAGGGUUGCCCCAUGUGUAGGACACCCCUCUGGCUGGGAGAGGGGAAGCUCCCCCCACAUCCCCGGCCACCCCAUGCACAGACCCUGAGGACCAGAGCCACCCGAUGGCCUCUCAGAGGGUCACCGCCUGGGACACAGGGUUCCCCACUGGCCUGCAGUGCCUGAGAGAGGGUGCUGUGUGUCCUGGAGUUAAAUCAAGAGCCUGACGCCGAUGACUCCUGGCUUCACCUCCCACACAUGGAGGCUAAAUUUAGCUGGUGAUGGGGCAAGUGUGGCCAGGUUAAGAAGAGAGCUGGCCAGCCGGCCUGGCUCCUCGGGUCUCUGCGGUGGCGUGGGGAGGGUUAGGGGAAGAAUUUCGCUGGGCGUCCUUUGAGACAUUCAGAGCCUCCUGGGCCUUGCCCAGGACCCUUAGCCUAAGGUUCCUACUUGACCUGACGCUGUGCUGGCACCUUGGAGAUAGUGCUUUCCCCUCCCCCACGACACACACCCAGAGGCCCCACUUCUGCCGAGCACAGCUUCCUCUGCCCUUUCAGGAAGUAACCUCCCUGCCCCUCUGAAACACUCCUCCAGCUAGCGGGGGAAGGGGCUCCAAGCCACCCUCCAGCCUCUUUCCGACAUUCAGCACCCCAGAAGCCUCAGGACUCUUGGGGCUCCUACUCCCCAGGGUUGGGCCAUGGAGGCAGAUGCUGUGAGUGAAGGGGGGGCCAUGGCAGAGGAGCGGCCCCCCCGGCUGGUGGACUAUUUCGUGGUGGCUGGGCUUGCAGGAAACGGAGCACCUAUCCCUGAAGAAACUUGGGUUCCAGAACCCACUGGGUCCUUGCGUCCUCCCCGGCCAGCCGAUCCCAUCACAGAUGUGGCUGUCAUUGCUAGGGCACUGGGUGAGGAGGUGCCCCAGGGCUACACAUGCAUCCUGACCUCCGCUGGGGGCCACCCUUUGGAACUCAGUGCUGGGCUACUGAGUGGAACUCAGCCAGUCAUCUGCUACCGCAGGGGCCGUGACAAGCCCCCCCUCGUGGAACUGGGGGUGUUCUACGAGGGGAAGGAUCGUCCCAAGCCUGGCUUCCAAGUGCUUGAUAUGACACCGUACAGCCAUUCAGCCAACCUGGCCCCCCCGGGCCCUGGACAUCCCCGUACCUAUCUCAUGUACCGGCGGGCAGCGGAGGGGGCAGGGCUGCAUGCCCUGGGCAUCACUGACCUCUGCCUGGUGCUGCCCAGCAAGGGUGAGGGCACUCCACAUACUUACUGCCGGUUGCCUCGCAACCUCAACCCUGGCAUGUGGGGCCCGGCCGUGCACCUCUGUUACAAGGUGGGCCUGGCCAAGGCCAACACUCUGGCCUACGAGGCAGAGCUGCUGGGCCGCUACCCAGAGGAGGACAACGAGGCUUUCCCGCUGCCGGAGUCAGUGCCCGUCUUCUGCUUGCCCAUGGGGGCCACCAUCGAGUGCUGGCCUGCCCACACCAAGUACCCAGUACCCGUCUUCUCCACUUUUGUGCUCACGGGCGCUGCUGGUGAUAAGGUGUAUGGUGCCGCCCUGCAGUUCUAUGAAGCGUUCCCGAGGACCAGGCUGUCAGAGAGGCAGGCGCGGGCGCUGGGUCUGCUGAGCGCCGUGGAGCGGGGCCGCGUCCUGGGGGGCCGCGCGGUGCGGAGCCGGAGAGCCAUCGCCGUGCUGUCGCGCUGGCCCGCCUUCCCGGCCUUCCGCGCCUUCCUCACCUUCCUUUACCGGUACUCUGUGUCCGGCCCGCACCGCCUGCCCUUGGAAGCGCACAUCUCCCACUUCAUUCACAACGUCCCUUUCCCUUCCCCCCAGAGACCCCGUAUCCUCGUGCAGAUGUCUCCCUAUGACAACCUGCUCCUCUGCCAACCUGUAUCCUCACCCCUACCCCUUAGCGGUGCCAGCUUCCUGCAGCUGCUGCAGAGCCUGGGCCCCGAGCUGGCUGUCACCUUGCUGCUGGCUGUCCUCACGGAGCACAAGCUGCUUGUGCACUCGCUGCGGCCGGACCUGCUCACCAGCGUCGGCGAGGCCCUCGUCUCGAUGAUCUUCCCACUGCACUGGCAGUGCCCCUACAUUCCCCUGUGCCCGUUGGUGUUGGCGGAUGUGCUGAGUGCCCCCGUGCCCUUCAUUGUGGGCAUCCACUCCAGCUAUUUUGAUCUGCAUGACCCACCUGCUGAUGUCAUCUGUGUUGAUCUUGAUACCAACACGCUCUUCCAGACAGAAGAAAAGAAACUCCUCUCCCCUCGGACCUUGCCCCGCAAACCCUACAAGCUUUUGCUGGCCACGCUGACAACUUUACACCAGCAGCUGGACAAGACUUACACUGGACCGGAGGAAGAGACCUCCCUGGAGUUCCUGCUGACCGACUACGAGGCCGUGUGCGGCCGCCGGGCCCGCCUGGAGCGAGAAGUGCAGGGAGCCUUCCUGCGUUUCAUGGCCUGUCUGCUCAAAGGCUACCGGGACUUCCUCCGCCCUCUCAUCCAGGCCCCCUCGGAGGGGGCGCGAGACGUUGAGAACCUCUUCUAUCUUCAGGGUUUCCUCAAGUCCCGGGAGCGCUCCAGCCACAAGCUGUACUCCCAGCUGCUGCACACGCAGAUGUUCUCCCAGUUCAUCGAGGAGUGCUCCUUCGGCUCUGCGCGCCACGCCGCCCUCGAGUUCUUCGACUCUUGUGUUGACAAGGUCCAUCCAGAGCAGGAGAAGCCUGAGCCAACGCCCUUAGUGGAGUUGGAGGAACUGUCAGGAAGUGAACUCACUGUCUUUAUCACCCCCCCAGAGGAACCCCCAGUCACGGACAGCGGUGAAUCCGCUCCCCAGUACUGUUACGAUGGGUUCCCAGAGCUACAACCUGAGCUGUUUGAGUCUCCCCAGGCAAAGCAAGGGGCCCUGCCUGUGCCGGGCCCAUGCCGCAGCACACCCAGCAGUCCUGCCCCUCGCCGCACCAAACAGGAGAUGAAGAUUGCGCAGCGGAUGGCACAGAAGUCCGCGACUGUGCCCGAGCUCUGGGCCCGGUGCCUGCUGGGGCACUGCUACGGCCUGUGGUUCCUGUGUCUGCCUGCCUACGUGCGGUCGGCGCCCUCCCGCGUGCGGGCACUGCACACGGCCUACCAUGUGCUGCGUGAGAUGGAGAACCGCAAGGUGGUGCUUCCUGACGAGGUCUGUUACAGGGUGCUGAUGCAGCUCUGCUCACACUACGGGCAGCCCGUGCUGUCUGUGCGCGUCAUGCUGGAGAUGCGGCGGGCGGGCGUCGUGCCCAAUACCAUCACCUACGGUUACUACAACAAGGCUGUGCUGGAAAGCAAGUGGCCAUCUGGUACACCUGGUGGGCGCCUGCGCUGGGCCAAGCUCCGGAAUGUCGUCCUGGGGGCUGCUCAGUUCCGCCAGCCCUUGAGAGAAAGGCAGCGACAGCAGCAGCAGCAGCAGCAGCAGCAGCAGCAGCAGCAGCAGCGGUCGCGGCCGCCACAACAGGCGGCCAGGCACCAGGAGACAGGCAGCUCUGAGACAGAGGCCUUUCUGGAGCGCCCCUCGCCAACCCGCCCCCUCCAACGCCAGACAACUUGGGCUGGGCGAAGUCUGAAGGAAUCAGCAUCACCCGUUGGGCGCCUUGUGAAGAGUGGCAGCCUAGGGAGUGCCCGGGGGGCACAGCCCACGGUGGAGGCUGGUGUGGCUCACAUGAUUGAGGCCUUGGGGGUCCUGGAACCCCGUGGAUCACCCCUGCCUUGGCAUGAUGGAAGUCUCUCAGAUCUGAGCCUCACAGGGGAGGAGCUGGCACCUGGAGGGAGCCCAGGGGGCUCGGGCUCAGCACUGAGUGCCCAGUCCACCGACACCCCUGGAGGGCUAAGUAGGCGGGGAUCCAAAGCCAGCGCACGCCAGGAUGAGGCUGGCACCCCCCGACGAGGGCUGGGUGCCCGCCUGCAACAGCUGCUCACUCCUUCCCGCCGCUCCCCUGCUGCCUCUCGCAUCCCCCCAGCUGAUCUGCCCCCUGACCUGCCCACCGCAGCCCUCCGCAGUCCCAUGGACAGCCUGCUGUGGCCCCGGGAGCGCCCUGGAUCCACUGCUUCUGAGAGCUCAGCCUCUCUGGGCAGUGAAUGGGACCUCUCAGAGUCUUCUCUCAGCAGCCACAGCCUCCGCCGUUCUUCUGAGCGCCUCAGCGACGCCCCUGGACCCUUCCAGCCACCUUCCCUUGAAAUCCUGCUGUCCAGCUGCUCCUUGUGCCGCGCCUGUGACUCACUGGUGUAUGAUGAGGACAUCAUGGCCGGCUGGGCACCUGACGACUCUAACCUCAACACGACGUGUCCCUUCUGCGCCUGCCCCUUUGUGCCUCUGCUCAGUGUCCAGACCCUUGAUGCCCGGCCCAGUCCCAAGCCUGUCCCUGCCGGUGCCGGUGGCAACAAAGACGCUCCUGUCCCUGGGGGUCCUGGCCCCGUGCUCAGUGACCGCAGGCUCUGCCUGGCUCUGGAUGAGCCCCAGCUCUACAAUGGGCAUACGGGGGGUGCCUCCCAGCAGAUUGAGGGUGGGGCGUGGGCAUACCUGAGCCCCCUGGUGCUGCGCAAGGAGCUGGAGUCGCUGGUUGAGAACGAGGGCAGUGAGGUGUUGGCGUUGCCUGAACUUCCUGCUGCUCACCCCAUCAUCUUCUGGAACCUUCUGUGGUAUUUCCAACGGCUGCGCCUGCCUAGUGUUCUACCAGGAUUGGUUUUGGCUUCCUGUGAUGGUCCCCCAUCCAGCCAGGCACCGUCGUCUUGGCUGACCCCCGAUCCAGCCUCCGUGCAGGUGCGAUUGCUGUGGGAUGUCCUGACCCCUGAUCCUAACAGCUGCCCACCUCUCUACGUGCUCUGGAGGGUCCACAGCCAGGUCCCCCAGCGGAUCGUGUGGCCGGGCCCGGUGCCGCCGUGUCUCAGUCUGGCUUUGCUGGAGUCAGUCCUGCGCCACGUGGGGCUCAGUGAGGUGCACAAGGCUGUGGGGCUCCUGCUGGAGACUCUGGGACCCCCUCCCACUGGCUUGCACCUUCAGAGGGGCAUCUACCGCGAGAUCUUAUUCCUGACAAUGGCUGCCCUGGGCAAAGACCACGUGGACAUAGUGGCCUUUGACAAGAAGUACAAGUCUGCCUUUAACAAAUUGGCCAGCAGCAUGGGCAAGGAGGAACUGCGCCAGCGGCGGGCACAAAUGCCCACUCCCAAGGCCAUUGACUGCCGGAAAUGCUUUGGAGCACCUCUGGAAUGCUAGGGACCCUUUGGCUCCCCUUUCCAGCCCGGGACUGGGAGGUGAGGGAGCGAGGGUCUGGACAUAACCUCUUCCCUAUUCCCUUCAGAGGGGCGUUGGGGAGAGGCCUGGAAGCCUGCUCGGCCGAGGCUGCAAGUGGGAACAGCAGGAAGAGGGACCUGCUGUGACCGAAAGCCACGCUUCCCCAUCUCCAACCUGCCCAUUUUGUUUGCCUUGACGUGGGGGAGAGCUGGAGGACUUGGCACAAGUCUGUUACGCCCCGGUUCUGUCUAGGAACUCCUCUCCAGGGUAUCCCUAGAUCUACAAUGCCCUGGUAGUCUUAUAAGUUUUUGUUUUAAAAAACAACUGGAAGGAUACAGGGCCUCCUGAGCCCGAGUGGAAGGGAGGACUCCCAUCCCCCACCACUGACGGCUCCCUUCCUCACUGAUGCUGAAGGAGCUCAAAGCUCUCCAUGCCUUUCGGUCUUAGUGUUGAUAUUUUAUUUCAAGUUAUUUAUUCUGGAGCCACAGCUCCCACGCAUAGGAAGUUCUCACGGAGAGAAACAGAGAAAGGAACCGGGGCGCCACGCUUUGUAGCUCCUUGCAAGCCAGGCACUGGGACCUCGAGGGGCCUCAGGUCUCCCCUUGGGAAGAGUUUGGCGCCUCGUCCAGUCCUUGUCCUUCUCGUCCACGCCUCCUCGGGGAAUGUCUCACCCACCCAGGGUUCUGACCUGUGCAAUAAGGAUUGUUCCCUUGCAAAGUUGUGUUGGAUGUAAAUAUAAUAAAAGCUGCUCUGUCUUUUUUU